CACACACCUCACUCCUGACAUCAUCAGCUCACACGCUUCCUUCUCUAUCUUCUCUUCCCAAUUUCAUCCCCAAUCCCUUCUUCCUCAUCACUUCAUAAAACCCACAGUAAUAAAAUAAGUAUUUCCUUCCAAAACCGUGUCCAUCAAAUUCAUUAUGUAUAAAAUCUUCUUCUUCCCAUUCUUUUCCCCCAAGCAUUUUUUGCAUUAACCCUCAAUAUCCUUUGUUCAAACUUCCAUCAUCUACCCAUUAAGUUUUUGUGUUCACAUCUGCUUUCAUCCUUCUAAAGAACCAAUCUUUUUAAUUGCUUUCAAACGCAAACCCAUGGAAAUCUCUGCUUUCUCACCUUACAGUGACGAUUACCUUUCAGCAGUUCCCUCUUCUUCUAACAACUUAUUUAGCUUCUUUCAAGAAUUCGAUUCCAUUAGUGUUCCCACCCUUAAUCAUAGUACUACUACUUCUCCUCCUCCUAUUAAGCGGAAAAGACUUGAUAACGAGCCUAAUUAUCUUACUACCACAACAACAGAUUUUGAUACCUCCACCUCUAAUUCACCAUUUCAGGACAUUCUCAACACCUUCUGGAAUUUCGAGACCGAGAAGCUGCAACAACAGGAAGAAGAGUUUGUGGGUUUCCCUUCUCUGGUUUCUUCUUAUUCUCAAUCUUCCACCCCAAGUCCAAUGAGGAAUAUUCAACCGGAAAUGAUGAAACAGGAAGUUAGUACUUCGGCCGCCGCCGCCGCCCCUGAACCCAAGAGGGCCCGUCGGGGUUCCCCUGAUUCGGAAGGAACAGAGGCGGCAGGAGGGAGCAGUUCUGUGAGGAGGUUAUGGGUCAAGAAUCGGUCUAAUGCCUGGUGGGAGCAAUGCAACAGUCCUGAUUUUCCGGAUGAAGAAUUCAAGAAAGCGUUUAGGAUGAGCAAAGCGACUUUUGAUAUGAUUUGUGAUGAAUUGGAAUCGGUUGUGACGAAGAAGGAUACAAUGUUGCGUUUGGCAAUCCCUGUACGGCAAAGGGUUGCUGUUUGUAUAUGGCGGUUGGCUACAGGGGAGCCUCUCCGCGAGGUUUCGAAGCGAUUUGGGUUGGGAAUUUCAACUUGUCACAAGCUUGUUCUGGAGGUUUGUGCUGCCAUAAGGAAUGUGUUGAUGCCUAAGUUCUUGCAGUGGCCUAAUGACGAGAAAAUGCGGGAAAUCAAGAGAGGAUUUGAAGGGAUUUCUGGGAUAAACGAUGUUGGGGGUGCAAUUUACACGACCCAUGUUCCAAUCAUUGCUCCGAAACAAAGUGUUGCCUCGUAUUUCAAUAAGAGGCAUACAGAGAGGAAUCAGAAGACUUCUUAUUCAAUCACUGUUCAAGGAGUUGUUGAUCCUAGAGGUAUCUUCACUGACAUUUGUGUAGGUUGGCCCGGUUCCAUGACUGAUGACAAAGUUUUGGAACAAUCUGCUCUGUAUCAGAGAGCUAAUAGGGGACUUAUGAGGGAUGUUUGGAUGGUUGGGAACUCUGGCUUCCCUCUGAUGGAUUGGCUAUUGGUUCCCUACACUAAACAGAAUGUUACUUGGACUCAGCAUGCUCUUAAUGAGAAGGUUGGAGCUGUUCAGGGCAUUGUCAAAGAAGCAUUCAUGCGUUUGAAAGCCAGAUGGAGCUGCUUGCAGAAGAGAACAGAAGUUAAACUUCAGGACUUGCCAAUUGUUCUUGGGGCCUGCUGUGUUUUGCAUAACAUCUGUGAGAUGAGGGGUGAAGAAUUGAGCCCUGAUCUUAGGUUUGAUUUGUUUGACGAUGAAGUUGUUCCAGAGAAUCCCGUUAGGUCGAUGAAUGCGGCACAGGCUAGAGAUCAGCUUGCUCACAAGCUCUUGCACCAUAACCUGGCAGGCACAACUUUCCUAUAGUUUAAAGGAUUCUGAAUCUUUUUUGUUUUAGUGUUUCUGUAAUCAAUUUUGGAAUUCUUUCAUGGCUUGUUCUAGUCAUGCCAUAGAAUAAUUAGAGUUUGAACUCUUUGUGAAUUUGACAUACAAUUUGUUAUAGCCCCCUUGUAGUUGAUAGAGUUCUUCAUUGGAACUGUAAUACACACAGAUUUUGUUUGAAUUAGCUUGCAAUUAUGCAGGAUUCCUAGUUGCUUUGGUUUCUUUCUGUCACUGUUCUAUAUUUGACUACUUUUCUAAAUCCUUAUGAGCCUAUAAUAUUAUAGUUUUUCCUUCCCCCUAAAAGGCAUCAAAAUACUCCUGACUUCUGAGUCAAAAUAACCAAAGGAAGGAAUCCCAUGUUAGGAAAAUGUCAAUAUCCGUGGACUACUGUUUUGGGAGUCAAUGAUGAGUUGUUGGUAUUUUGGUUGAUUUUGGUGAAUACUACGGGCGACGAGUAAGGUUGAUAAGUUUCAAACAUCUGGCAUGGCUCAUUUCAAGAAUUGCAUAUGAGGAUGCUGCAGUAGGUUGACUUGGUUUUUUAAGACAGAUAAGUGGCUCCCAUGGUAGGUAGGAAAAUACAUGUAGAAAGUUGUCCUUGUCACAUGAUCUUACUUUUUAUACUAUGUUCAUUCACAUUCGAUACUUCAUAGAUUCGCUUGUUCAUUCAGGUUUUGAUGUGAUUGAAGACAGUUUACUUUGCUGAUUUCUGUAGCCAAUGUGUAUACCCUGAUCUGCUGCAUAUGUGAAUUGAAGAUUUGACUGUCGAAACAAAUGCACAUUAAUCUUGUUGAAUAUUUUGCCAAAACUCAUUUCUCGACUUUUUGUUAGAAACAUUAGGAGUCAUAUGCUAAUCUCUUUGUUCCGAAAUAAGAGUAUAUUAGAUUAUUUUGCACGGACUAGGAAAAUAGUUACUUGUACAUAACUAUUUUUGUACAACAAAUAGCAAUUCAACCGAUUCAAGUGAAAUUGUCUGUUUUAUGUUCUGUAUUCAUACAUUAAAUUAUGUCACUAUAAUGAUAUGUGUAAGUGUAAGUGUAAUAAUAUCGAACAUUUUUCAAAUGACAUAGUUUGAACCGUGAUGCUUAAAGGUAAUAAGAAAAGUAUGAGAUAUUAUGAUUCAUUUACUCAUGUUGUGUCCAUUGGUGCGGUGUGGUAUAUUUUUUCUAUCCGUCUCAAGACAAUUGAUAACGAAAACAAAUUUUUUUUUUUUUUGAGAUAGAAAGAAUACAAUUUAAUGGGUCUUACAACUUUAAUUAAUAUGAUUUGUGUAUCAAUCUUGCUGAGAAUGAAAAUGUGAUUGCCAUUUGCACGUGAAUUUUGGUCCUUUCAAAGUUCGGUAAUGACCAUACAUAACUUCGACAACC